AUGGCUGAGAAGCGGCGGUCCCCGUGUACCAUGAGCCUGAAAGCGCACGCAUUUUCAGUGGAGGCGCUGAUAGGCGCGGAGAAAAAGCAAAAACUCGAGAAGGACAGCGAGAACUAUUUUGAGGAGGCGAACGAGGUCUCGAGUCUCAUUGGAAAUCCGCAGCUUCGCCCUGAGAGAACAUGCGCUAGCAACCGGAGCUGCGAGACAGACUGCACAAGCGAUGAUUCCCCUGAGAGUGAGGAUGUCUUGCUGGAGAAUCCCCGACCCCCAUCGCAGAGCGCGCCGCUCCUCGUGCCCCCGGCUGGCACGGCAUCUGGGGAGGAGGUGCGCGCGGAUCUUCAAGGAUCGGAUCUGUGGAAACGGUUCCACGAGAUUGGCACAGAAAUGAUCAUUACCAAAGCCGGCAGGCGGAUGUUUCCUGCAAUGCGUGUUAAAAUAACGGGAUUGGACCCUCAUCAGCAGUAUUACAUCGCGAUGGACAUUAUUCCUGUCGACAAUAAGCGCUACAGGUACGUGUACCACAGCUCGAAGUGGAUGGUAGCGGGCAACGCCGACUCGCCUGUCCCGCCGCGUGUGUACAUUCACCCCGAUUCUCCAGCUUCCGGCGAGACUUGGAUGCGUCAAGUCAUCAGCUUCGACAAACUCAAACUAACCAAUAAUGAACUAGACGACCAAGGCCACAUCAUUCUCCACUCUAUGCACAAGUACCAGCCACGCGUCCACGUCAUCUGCAAAGAGUGCGGAGAGGAACUAUCACCCGUGAAAGCCGUUCCUACUGGGGAAGGAGUCAAAGCCUUCUCCUUCCCUGAAACCAUCUUCACCACGGUGACGGCCUACCAGAACCAACAGAUAACAAGAUUAAAAAUCGACAGAAAUCCAUUUGCGAAAGGUUUCAGAGACUCUGGAAGAAACAGAAUGGGUCUGGAGGCUCUUGUUGAAUCAUAUGCGUUCUGGAGGCCAUCACUGAGGACACUGACGUUUGAGGACAUACCUGGAAUGACCAAGCAAGGUACGGCUGGCUCCCAUAGCCUUGUGGGCUCGUCAACACACUCUCACCUGCUCACCUCCUCUCCUUGCUCCUCUCCUGCAUUCCACUUGGGCUCGGGUGCAGGACCUGUGUGUGACUACUCUGCCUGCGGUCGCACUAGCCACACCCUUGGCCGAUAUGCCCCGCCCCUCUCUGCAGACACCUACAGCCGACUGGCCAACCCUGGGACUGAAGCCUUUUCUUCCACCAGAAAUUCUGCAUAUGUGAGCGGGACCGAUGGAGAGGCCUUUUCCUGUGCCCAGGCUGGUCUGCCAAUCCAGAUCCCUGGGAUGCCCAGUCCCAGCCCCCAACUCCAGUACAUCAUGCCUAGCCCCGCCCACAAUGCCUUUUCCUCCAAUCAGAGCACACAGGGUUCCUACAAUGGAUUCCGCCUUCACAGUCCUUAUGGUCUCUAUGGAUACAAUUUCUCCACCUCUCCUCGACUAGCAGCGAGCCCUGAAAAGAUCGCUGCAUCACAAGGCUCGCUCCUCGGCUCUUCCCCAAGUGGUACUUUGACGGACAGGCAAGUUCUCUCUCCUGUUGACAGUCUGCACAUGCUCAGUGGUGGCCAGCAGAGCUUGUUUGACUCGAGGACUUUAGGGUUGACAAGCCCCACCUCCCAGGUCACUGCCCAUAUGGCCUGA